UGCUUCCUUGCGCCUCAUUCGUGUAAAUGUGUGUAUCUGGAGGUCUGGGCUGCUUCGUCAUCGCAAGCUUUUACUUUUGAGUGUGUGCGCGUUGUUGGGCUCAGUCUCCGGUGAGGUGGAGAGAGAGAGAGGAAACUGAGGAAGCUCAGGAACCUCGGAUUCUCGCCGCCCAGGAAAGGCGCGCUUGCAGAUCGCUGUCUGUGCGGCCUUGGGGGAAGGCAGGGAAUUGGCCUUGAGAUGACAAGAAAUGUGUCUUCAUGAUGAUGAGAGCUCUUGCCAUGGUCUCUGUUAUUUUUGAGAAGCCAGACUAAGCUUGUGCGGCAGCCAAUGCAUUUUGUAAAAGGAAAAAAAUUGUUAAAGAGCACUAUCAUUUUACAGAUUUUGACAAACCAUUUUGGAUUUUUCUGUGUUCUAGACCUAUCUGAAAUGAGCUUGGAAAGAGAACUUUAAAGCAUUUGAAUGACAAUUGUUUAGGUUGGAUGUUUUUUUUUAUGCUGGAUUGUUUGCCGUUUCUUCGAAUAUCUAAGCAGUAGGUGCUUUAUCUGUCAUUAACAAGAAGAGGAUUGUGUUGCAACAGGAAGCAAAUUUAAAAAGGAAAAAAAAUAAACAUUUCACAGGCCGAUGCGGAAUUGAAAUGGUGAUAAUGUUUUAGUCAAUUUGCUACAAUCUUUUGCCAUCAACCCAAUAAGGAACAUAUACAUUUAUUACAAAAAAAUAUACAUAUGUGUUUUUUUUUAUUUUUUUUGUUUUUUUUUACCUUUUUAUUGCAGGAAAAACAUUUUCAAAAAUAUUCACGAUGGUAUUAGAUCAACAAUCAGAGUUCUAUAGUUAAAAAAAGAAACGUGAAACCUUACCGUCUGUGACUACAUCUUCAACGAUAUUGUUGCUUUUUCUUCUUUUGGAAUGUUUGAGGUGAUGAUUUCAUAUAAAUAGUUAUUGUGAUGGUAAAAAGAAUACACUGCGAAGAGAAGAAGGUUGGUCAGGAAUACAAGAGCAUAAAUUCCAUUGACUAGAUGCCAUAAACAAGUAAUCUCUUUUGCUGCUCAUAUGAACGCCACAACGAACGACCAUUGCCAGCAAAACCUACGAGAAGGACCUACAAGUACAAAACAGGUCAUCUCUCGAAAACUCGGAUUCUUUCCUCCUUAAUUGUAGUUUGCAUCAACUGAAUCUUUCCCAUACUUUUAGGUCUCUUAAAACUGGAAUACAAUAUAAAAGGGACCUGAACUUUUAUUAAAGGCCCAUAAAAAGUCUUUAUUUGGAUAUUUGUUAAAUCAAGGCUUUAUCCAGGAAUUAAUCAGGUUUCGUAACUUGGGGAUGCACACAAGAAACUAGAUAUUUUUGGUUGCCUUUAAUUUUGUUCUUUUUUUGCCUGUUUGUACCAGCUCGGAACAAAUUCUGUUUUCCUGAGGUUUUGUUUUGCUUAUGAGUCCCGGAAGUGGGCUCAUGAAAGAGUGUGGAUACAGUGAAAUUAAUACUUGUGGCACCUCCCCCAUGGAGUCUCCUCCCAAAAAGAAAGCUGCUGCACAGAAGAAAUGGGAGGUUUUCCCAGGGAGGAACAAAUUUUUUUGCGAUGGCAGGAUAAUGAUGGCCAAGCAAACUGGAGUCUUCUACCUCACCCUGAUCCUUAUCCUGGUAACCAGUGGACUCUUCUUUGCCUUUGACUGUCCGUACUUGGCACUCCAUAUUACACCUGCAGUUCCUGUAAUAGGAGGAAUCCUUGUAUUUUUUGUCAUGGGGACAUUAUUGAGGACCAGUUUUAGUGAUCCUGGAGUCCUUCCUCGUGCCACACCUGAUGAAGCUGCAGAUUUGGAACGACAAAUUGAUGUUGCAAAUGGAUCUACUUCGGGUGGAUAUCGUCCUCCUCCUCGGACUAAAGAAGUCGUCAUCAAUGGGCAGACAGUGAAAUUGAAAUAUUGUUUCACCUGCAAAAUUUUUCGCCCUCCUCGUGCCUCUCAUUGCAGUUUGUGUGAUAAUUGUGUGGAGCGCUUUGAUCACCACUGCCCCUGGGUAGGCAACUGCGUGGGGAAACGAAACUACAGAUUUUUUUACAUGUUCAUUUUAUCUCUGUCCUUUCUGACAGUGUUUAUAUUUGCAUUCGUUAUCACGCACGUCAUACUUCGCUCACAACAGUCAGGAUUUCUUAAUGCCUUAAAGGACAGUCCUGCAAGUGUUCUCGAAGCUGUGGUUUGUUUUUUUUCUGUGUGGUCGAUUGUUGGUCUUUCAGGAUUUCACACGUACUUGAUCAGCUCCAAUCAAACAACCAAUGAAGAUAUCAAAGGAUCAUGGUCAAGUAAAAGAGGGAAGGAGAAUUAUAAUCCAUAUAGCUAUGGAAAUAUUUUCACUAAUUGCUGUGCUGCUCUCUGUGGACCAAUGAAUCCAAGCUUAAUUGACAGGAGAGGAUUUUUACAGGCUGAUGUAGCCCUGUCAGUUGCACCGUCCAAUGGACUGACAAUGUAUGGUUCAACUCAGUCUCAGAGCAAUAUGUGUGACCAAGACCAGUGUAUUCAGAGCACCAAAUUCGUUUUGCAGGCUGCAGCUACACCUCUCCUGCAGACGGAGACAAUAAUCACAAGCGAUGAGCCACCAUUACCUGGAAAGACCACAAUAAAUGCACCUUGUGCCUCAAUGGCACUUGGACAGCCAACACCACCUUCCUCAAUGCCAAACCUCAAUUCAGAGAGCGCUUUGACAGAUAUGAUACCGUUAAAAGAUGAUCUUGGAAACCACCAGUUUCUAACACCUGACGAAGCACCCUCACCUACUGGCAUGCUGCCAGCAAGCAGCCCUGUGACUCAUAGCCAUACCAUGCAUGUACUGAACCUUGUCAGCCAAGACUCAUUGCAUGAAGACUCUGUGCGUGGUCUUGUGAAGCUAAGUUCUGUUUGACACUGACACCACACAGUAAAUAUAGCACAAGUUUUUCAGUCAAUCCCUCUGAAAUAAAGGCUUACACUGUGUGAUGAGGAAAGAGCAGUGUGCACUGGUAAACUAAAUAGUAAUCACAUUUUCAUGAGGACAGAGCAAAUUAUGAGGGGGAAAAAAAUGUUUUCACAAUUUCUGUAUGGGACUAUGACUAGCGCUGCCUCUCAAAUAGUUUAUAUAAAGGAUGCAAUAUGAAAGACUAUAAUGCUUCUGAAUGCUGUGACCUGAAACUGUUUUCUGUGGCUCGUCUAUGGUUAGUGGAGCAGCCAGUGAAGAUCAAUUCUGUAAAUUGUGGAUGUUUGUAAACUUUGUGUUAAGGCAUCUAAAGGCACACAGGUACCAACUAGACCUGCACACUAAUUAUCAAAUUUGGAACAAUACUGAUAAUGUUUAAGUCCCCAUCCCAAGAUUUCAUGCUACUGUUUUAUGUUGAUAUAAAAUACACCAGCUGCUUUUUUUUUGUUACAUUUUUUAUUUUUUUAAGUUUAGUAUCUGAAUAAAUAUGGAGCACCAAUGUAAAAGUUAAUGUUAUAAUCUUUAUUAAUUGUUUGUUUGACCUUGUCAAAGGUAUCUGCAAUAUAAAGAUAUUCUGCUUAGUGCAUGCAGUUUAUUCACCUGUUCAAGUAUGAUUUGGAUUAUUUAAACACUUGAAGAUUCUCCAGAUGUUGUAAAUCCAAUGCAUUUCAGCCUUUGGCAUCCAAAGGGUGACUGUCCUAAUACUUUCUACUUCCUCACAAUGUGCUUAAAUUAAAAGUGGAUAGCCAAUAAAGUUUAAUUGAUCUGC